UUGCAACUGAAUCUCCCUGGAGGAGUCAUCAGAUCCUCUCAAUCUUGAAGACUGACAUGAAGUCCCUGUAGACACUCUCAUUCAAGGGAAGAAAAGGAGGAGUCCUUGACACUAAGAUUUAAAAGCCCCACCCUCAGAACAAGAUCAGAAAUUUCACAGGUAAAUCUAUAGGUAUUGCUGUUUCCAUAAAGGAGAACAUGAAGGGAUUCAGAAGUCUGGUGGUAACAACCUUGGCUCUUUUCCUGGUAUUUUCUUUCAUGGGACAUUCCAGCAGUGCUCCACAGAGACUCUUUGAGAGAAGAAACUGGACUCCUCAAGCUAUGCUCUACCUGAAGGGUGCACAGGGGCGCCGCUUCAUCUCCAACCAGAGCCGGAGGAAAGACCUCUCCGACCGGCCGCCGCCCGAAAGACGAAGCCCAAAUUCCCAACUACUAACUCUUCCAGAGGCAGUAGCUGUGCUAUUGGCUUCCUUGAAGAAACCCCAAGAAGCUGGAGAAGAAAACUUCGAUCAAACCAGGUUCCUAGAAGACAGUCUGCUAAACUGGAGAAAAUAGACCAGAUUCCAUUCAAUUUCAGUUCUAUGCUUGUUGAACACAUGAAUUAUGUGAAAAAAGUCUAUGGCCACCUUUUACCUCCUUUGUGAUUUUAGGGACAUGUGCUGCCAGUUUUAUCCUUCCGGAAGCAAAAGCGAUGUCCUGUUCUUAGUGAGCCCAUUGUUCCUCCAUUGCUUCAGAUCCUGUUUAGAUCUCCCUGUGUCUUACGCUCGAAUUUUUUGGCGCAUUUUUAAUUGUAAGGCUGAAGACUCUUUAGAGGGUUCUUCUGUUUUUGAUCUAACCAUUCUUAGUGGAUGGUGUUUUCUUUCUGUUAGCUACCUGCAUUGUCUUGUUACUCAGUGGUGAAUCCCUCUCCUUUUCCCCUUUUCCCCACCUCCAAAGAGGGUGAGGCGAGGAAGCCGGCAAGAUGGGAAAGUGUAGAAUGUGAUUCUCCUUGAGUUCAUCCAGGAGAGCUAAGUUAUGAAGGGUAGGGUGAGCCGAUGCCUAGGAAGAAACCCGGUGAUCAGACCCUGCAGUGUGGUUCCUGAGAGAAGGGACCACUGGGGAGGCUGGAGCUGAAGGUUCUAUAGCUGCCAAAGCUCCACUUUACGCUUUCUGGGGAUCUCCUUGAAUUCAGUUUAGAAAUAUGGACCUAAAAGUUACUAGGAAAUAAGCAAAUGGAGACACACUCCGCUCUUGGGUACAUUGUGCAAAAGAAACCAGUUUUUUAGAGGUAACCCAUUUGCCAUGGCUAAACAAACUUAAAGACUGCUUAUUGUAGUUGACUAGAACUCUAGGCUUUCUUUGGCAUAAAAACAUAACAUAAAAUGCACCCUGAUAAUGUAAGUACAGGGUAACAUGCCUAAUUUAUUCUUUUUUUUUAAGUCAACUAGGGUUCAGUACUAUCUGAAAAAUAAAAUACAUGCACAUAUGCAUGCGUAUACACACACACAGAUACACCCCUACAGUGAGCACAUAGUAUUUUUAUUUGGAAUUACAAUUUUAUUUGGAAUUACAAUUAUAAUUUGAAUAAUGUUAGUUAUUUUUGACUUGAGAAUUGUUACUGAUAAAUGUCAUAGGUGUAAAGUAUUAAUUCUUAUUUUUAUUAUAUAGGUAUUAUUAGCUAAAAAAUAUCAUUAUGUGAACAUCUCUGUAACUUGAAAUUACAAUUUUACUGUGUUAAGUAGCCAAAACCGGGCUUAUAAGAUUUGCUUGUAUCCCAUUUCAUAAUUGAAUAAUGAAACUCUAUUCAAGUUUAUAUAACAUUGAUCUCUGCCAAAAAAUAAUAUGCUAGCAUUAAAAAAAUCUAUGUGGCAUUAUAAUAGGCUCCUGUCAUUAAUUUAAAGUGGAUUUUCUAGACAGUGUAUAUGUCCAGUUUAUUGAGAAUUAUUUACUUACCUGACAUAGACUUGUACAUAUUGGCUAAUUAAAUAUUAUGUCUAUUUCAGGACACUUUUACAAUCUACCUUAUGGAGGUUGUCUUCUCAAAGCUAACUAGAAAAAUCUCAGUUAUUUCACACUGAAACAGUUUUUAAAAGCUGUCUAAAUAACCAAUAGCUGGAGUUCCUACAAUGGGCUAAGAAUCCAACUCUGUGGAUGCCUAGCCUGGGAACUUCCAUAUGCUGCAGGUGCAGCCCUAAAAAAACAAACAAACAAAAGAAUCUGACUCUGGUGGCUCCAGCAGGGGAGGAGUUCCCAUUAUGGCUCAAGGAUAAAUGAUCCGACUAGUAUCCAUGAGGACACAUGUUCUAUCCCUGGCCUCUCUCAGUGGGUUAAGGAUCCAGUGUUGUGGUGAGUUGUGGUGUAGGUCGCAGAUGCAGCUCAGACCCAGCAUUGCUGUGGCUGUGGUGUAGGCCAGCAGCUGUGGCUCCAAUUCAACCCCUAGCCUGGGAAUUUCCAUGUGCUGUGGGUGGAGCCCUAAAAAGACAAAAAAAAAAAAACAAAAAACAAACAAAAAAAAAAACCAACUCUGGUGGCUCCAGUAGGGGUGGUUAGAUCCCUGGACCUCCCAGUGGGUUAAAGCAUCUGGCAUUGCCACAGCUUCAGCUCAGGUCACAGCCGCAGCUUGGAUCCCUGGCCAAGCAACUUCCAUAUGCUGCAGGUACCCCCUUAAAAAAUAAAGAGAAAAUAAUAACCAAUAGCUGUUCAAAUCUGAUCAGCUCCAGGUAUUAGAAGUACUUGAAUUUCUUGAACACUUUCUGCCAUACCGAUGUGCUGAUUAACACAAUGGUUGCAUAAAGA